CGCGGCCGUGGCGACAUGGCAGCGCCGGUGGCUUCUUCGCCGCAGCCGUCGCCUGCGCCUCCGCCCAAGAAGAUCGUGGCUCCCACCGUGUCGCAGAUCAACGCGGAGUUCGUGACGCAGUUGGCUAAUAAGUACUGGGCACCACGUGUCAAGAAAAAGCUACCUUUUGAGUCAAAGGUUAUUGAAGAUGUAUAUGGAAAAGAAAUUGUUAGAUCAAAAUUUGCUAUUAGAAAAAUAAUGCUUUUGGAAUUUAGCCAGUACCUCGAAAAUUACUUGUGGAUGAAUUAUUCUCCUGAGGUGUCCAGCAAGGCUUAUCUGAUGUCGAUCUGUUGUAUGGUGAAUGAAAAGUUCAGGGAGAAUGUUCCGGCGUGGGAGACAUUCAAAAAGAAGCCCGAGCACUUCCCGUUCUUUUUCAAGCGUGUGCUGGAUGCGUCCUUGGCUGAGAACGACUGUGAAUUCUCCCUGCAAGAGCAGACAAUACUCCUGCUUUUCCUUGAUCACUGCUUCAACAGUUUGGAAGUGGAUUUGAUCAGAGGGCAAGUCCAGCAACUUAUCUCCUUACCAAUGUGGAUGGGCCUCCAACCUGCUCGUCUAGAACUUGAAUUGAAAAAGACGCCAAAGCUUAGGAAAUUUUGGAAUUUGAUCAAGAAGAACGAUGACAAAAUGGAUGAAAAUACACGGACUCAGGCAUAUCAAGAAAGAAGGUUUCUUUCACAAUUGAUCCAGAAAUUCAUCUCUGUAUUAAAAGCGAUACCUGUUUCAGGUCCCCUCUCUAUGGAUAAAGUGCACUAUUGUGAAAGAUUCAUUGAACUCAUGAUAGAUCUAGAGGCCCUGCUUCCAACACGACGUUGGUUUAAUACAAUACUAGAUGAUGCCCAUCUGGUUGUGCAUUGUUAUUUAUCCAGCUUAGCUGAAAGGGACAAGGAAGGCCACCUUUUCUGCCAGCUUUUAGACAUGCUCAAAUUCUACACUGGCUUUGAAAUUAAUGAUCAGACUGGAAAUGCAUUGACAGAGAAUGAGAUGACAACAAUUCACUAUGACAGAAUUACUUCCCUCCAGAGAGCCGCUUUUGCACAUUUCCCAGAACUCUACAAUUUUGCCCUCUCAAAUGUAUCUGCUGUAGACACUCGUGACUCUCUGGUGAAGCUUUUUGGGCCUUUAAGUCCAAGCACACUCCACCAGGUGGCAUCAUACCUCUGCUUAUUGCCAGCCCUACCUGAAGGAGAAGAUACAAGCUAUGGAAAAGAGUUUCUGCUUGAACUACUGGUGUCCCGUCAUGAGCGUCGAAUUUCUCAAAUUCAGCAGCUUAAUCAGAUGCCUCUGUAUCCUACGGAGAAGAUUAUUUGGGAUGAAAACAUUGUCCCAACUGAAUAUUAUUCUGGAGAAGGCUGCCUUGCCCUCCCAAAAUUGAAUUUACAGUUUCUGACUCUCCAUGACUACCUCCUGAGAAAUUUCAACCUCUUUCGUCUAGAGUCUACCUAUGAAAUAAGGCAGGACAUUGAGGAUAGUGUCAGUAGGAUGAAGCCAUGGCAAUCUGAAUAUGGAGGUGUGAUCUUUGGUGGGUGGGCUCGAAUGGCACAGCCCAUUGUCUCUUUCACAGUCAUAGAGGUGGCAAAGCCGAACAUCGGAGAAAACUGGCCCAUGAGAGUCCGAGCAGAUGUUACAAUCAACUUGAACGUUAGAGACAACAUCAAAGAUGAAUGGGAAGGUCUGCGCAAACACGAUGUUUGCUUUUUAAUUACUGUCCGACCCACACAGCCUUAUGGUACAAGGUUUGACAGAAGGCAACUAUUUGUUGAACAGACCGGCCUGGUUUACGUCAGGGGAUGCGAAAUCCAGGGCAUGUUGGAUGAUAAGGGACGCGUCAUUGAAGAGGGACCAGAACCCAAACCAAGACUUAGAGGGGACUCGAGAACAUUUAGAGUGUUCUUGGAUCCAAACCAGUAUCAACAGGACAUGACGAACACCAUCCAAAAUGGAAAAGAAGAUGUCUAUGAGACAUUUAAUAUAAUAAUGAGGAGAAAGCCAAAAGAAAACAACUUUAAAGCUGUUCUGGAGACUAUAAGGAAUUUGAUGAACACCGACUGUGUGGUUCCUGAUUGGUUGCAUGACAUAAUCCUUGGUUACGGGGACCCAAGCAGCGCUCACUACUCAAAAAUGCCAAAUCAGAUUGCCUCCCUGGACUUUAAUGAUACCUUCCUCUCCAUUGAACACUUACAAGCCAGUUUUCCUGAAUACAGCAUUAAAGUAACGGUUGAGGACCCUGCACUGCAGAUUCCUCCAUUCAGGAUAACAUUUCCAGUCGGAAGUGAAGCGGGAAAGAAACGGAAAGACACUGAUGAAGAAAAAGCUCAAGACUCCAAAACGUUGAUUGUAGAGCCGCAUGUCAUCCUCAACAGAGGACCUUACCCAUACAAUCAACCCAAACGCAAUACAAUUCAGUUUACACAUACCCAGAUUGAAGCUAUACGUGCAGGAAUGCAGCCUGGUUUGACUAUGGUAGUGGGCCCACCUGGCACAGGUAAAACCGACGUGGCAGUUCAGAUAAUAUCUAAUCUCUAUCACAACUUCCCUGAACAGAGGACUCUUAUUGUUACACAUUCCAAUCAGGCCUUGAACCAGCUGUUUGAGAAAAUCAUGGCUCUCGACAUUGACGAGCGUCACCUCCUGCGUCUUGGUCACGGAGAAGAAGAAUUGGAGACAGAGAAAGAUUUCAGCAGGUAUGGAAGAGUCAACUAUGUUUUAGCUCGGAGGCUGGAGCUUCUGCGAGAAGUUGGGAGAUUGCAGGAGAGUUUGGGGGUCCCAGGAGAUGUUUCCUAUACUUGUGAAACAGCUGGUCAUUUCUUCUUAUAUCAAGUAAUGUCUCGUUGGGAAGAGUAUAUGAGCAAAGUGAAAGUUAAAGGCAGCAAACCGCCUGAUGUUGCUGAUAUCUGCAGCUUCUUUCCUUUCCACCAGUAUUUUGCAAAUGCCCCUCAGCCCAUUUUUAAAGGCAGAUCUUACACUGAAGACAUGGAAAUCGCCGAGGGAUGUUUUAGACAUAUCAAGAAGAUAUUCACUCAGCUCGAGGAAUUUAGAGCAUUUGAACUGCUGCGUAGUGGAUUGGACAGAUCGAAAUACCUACUUGUGAAAGAAGCAAAGAUCAUUGCAAUGACUUGUACACAUGCUGCUUUGAAGCGCCAUGACUUAGUCGAGUUAGGUUUCAAGUAUGAUAAUAUCUUAAUGGAAGAGGCUGCCCAGAUCCUGGAGAUUGAAACUUUUAUACCACUCCUGUUACAGAAUCCACAGGAUGGGUUCAGCCGACUGAAACGAUGGAUUAUGAUUGGGGACCACCAUCAGUUACCGCCAGUCAUUAAAAACAUGGCUUUUCAAAAAUAUUCCAACAUGGAGCAGUCUCUUUUUACACGGUUUGUUCGUGUGGGAGUGCCAACCGUUGACUUGGAUGCUCAAGGAAGAGCAAGAGCAAGCUUAUGUAAUCUUUACAACUGGCGUUACAAGAACCUGGGUAACUUGCCACAUGUACAACUUUUGCCUGAAUUCAGAACCGCAAAUGCUGGUUUCUUAUAUGACUUCCAGCUUAUAAAUGUAGAAGAUUUCCAUGGCGUAGGAGAAUCUGAACCUAAUCCUUAUUUCUAUCAGAAUCUUGGUGAGGCGGAAUAUGUUGUCGCGCUGUUUAUGUACAUGUGCCUGCUAGGGUAUCCUGCGGAGAAGAUAAGUAUCUUGACAACAUAUAAUGGGCAGAAACACCUGAUUCGGGAUAUUAUUAAUCAACGUUGUGGGAAUAACCCAAUGAUUGGAAGACCAAACAAGGUGACAACUGUAGACAGAUUUCAAGGUCAACAAAAUGAUUAUAUAAUCCUUUCACUUGUGCGAACUAAAGCUGUUGGACACUUGAGGGAUGUUCGGCGUUUGGUGGUUGCUAUGUCAAGAGCCAGGCUUGGGCUCUAUAUAUUUGCAAGAGUAUCACUAUUCCAGAACUGCUUUGAGCUGACUCCAGCUUUCAGCCAGCUCACCGCUCGCCCUCUUCAACUGCAUAUAAUCCCCACAGAGUAUUUUCCAACAGUCCGACAGAAUGGACAGCAUCCUUCUCAUCAAAUACAUAUUAUAAAGAAUAUGCCUCAAAUGGCCAACUUUGUGUACAAUAUGUACAUGCAUAUGAUACAAAGUACACGCCAACACAGACAGCAAGAUUUAUUGCCUCCUCCAGCACUUGUUGAAGAAAGUGAAACACUUCAGUCUCAGGAAAGUGAAAUCGGUCAGAGCAAGGAAGAUGAAAUGGAAACAGAAACUGCAGUCAAAAGCACACCAGUGGAAACUAUGGAAGACAAUGUUUUGGAUGAGAAACAAAAGGCAGUAGAGGAAGAAGAGGAACAUCGCAAGAUGCCUGAACAUCCUGGAAGAGAUAGCGAUAGUGAAGACAGUGAAACUGAGGAAGGUGCUGAGAAAUGAACAAGCCUGAAAAGCCAACCUAUGUUAAGAAGCUAUGGAAAUAUGACCAGGGCUGUGUGCAUCCCCUAACUAUUCUAGUGGGCCAAAUUACUUGAAGUAUCAUAUCUCUCUAGCAUAAGCAUUGCAAGUGACCCAUUGUCAUGGUUGUAACUGAAGGACUGCUAGCAGAAUUACAUUUCCUGUUUUUACUUGUAUAUGCUGUAUUUAGUAAAGUUUUUUAAAAGUA